GAAGUUCCUGGCUCCAAAUGCCAGAACAUAUUCAGAAGAGACCAUGGGAGCUAUAGCCUAGUAAUUACGGACUGAGACCUCACGUAGUUUAAAUAACAAGCAUGUCAAAAACAGUAUGUUUAGCGUAGAGGUAUGCUAGGAUGCGAAUAUAUUAAGUAAUGAUGAGAAUUUCCAUUAUCCAUCACCCUCCUAUAAAUCAAUCUAACUUGAUCAUCGGAAGCUGCUCCUAUGCAUUCCUGAAGACGUGUCAAUGGAAACUAGUCCCCCACCAAUACCGACAGAACACUUAAGAAAUUAUUGAACGUUAUGAUUGUAAAGCAGUUGUUUCGAUGGCACAAAACAGCAAAACCUGCCACUAAUAAAAAUAACAACAGAAGUACUUUAGUAUUUAUUAAAGUGCUGCAAGUUGGAAAAUACGAUGUGCGAAAUGAUGCAGCUGCAGCACCACCUACCCGCUGCCCGGAAUUCGCAUGAACUGCACAAACGCAGCGCUUCUUUUCCUCGGUUCAACCAUUUGCACAGUGACUGACAAAAUGUCACCAAAGAGAAGGGCAAAUCUAUCCACCACAUUAAAUGGGAAAAAGAUCAAGGAAGAUCCUGAAACUACAGAGAACACGUAUUGGUCAAACAAAGAUGCACUGAAACCUUCGAUGCCACAGAAUGACAAGAUCAUAGCGCAGGAGCAGUGCCGCCUGUCUCCCGAGAAUGAGCUUAUUAGCUAUGAGGAUGAAGAGGAGUUGGCCUACUGUCAUGAAAUGAGAACAGACACGUUAACCCUCUUGAUGAAAAUUGAGAAGUUACAAGCUGAACUGAAAUAUGAAAGACAUUGUAGAAUGAUGGCUGAGAAGGAACUAAAAGAGUGUAAAGAGAUGAACAACCUGAUGGCCCAAAUGAGAGACUCAAUCUUUGAGCUGAGGUCUGUCCUGGACCACACUCGACAGGAGACGGAGGACAUUCUGACUGAAGAGGGGGACUCUGUGUGUGUUAUAGAUGAGGAGCUAAGUGGGAUACCUGAGCACUCCACUGAGGAUGAUAAAUUCACAGAACUUCCCGGAGGGCUGAAAGUUCAGAGCAGUCUCUAUAACCGAAUUUCAGAAAUGACAGACUUCAAAAAGUACACUUCUGCAUUGCUGAUGCUCGUGUUCAAUCGAGAAAUUUUGGCCACUCAUUCACUGCAGGGAAGAAAGUCAUCCAAUUCAAAAGAGGACUUCCAAAAGCCACCACUACCCCCAGAGGCACUGGCAAAUAUCAUUGAGCAUGUGAAGAUUAAAUUUGGCGUAGACACCAGCUUAAUCCGAGCUGCAAUCAGAACCAAACUAAACAAUGAAGACAAAAUGCUAAAGAAGAGACUGAGUCAUUUUUAAAACACACAGGUUUUCCUAAAUUUAAAGAAGCAGAACCCACCUUUUAUUCCAGCAAAGUUUGUGUAAAUGCAGACAUAUAUGUACGCACACGCUAAGUUACUAUUACUCUUAAUGCUAUCUCAAUGUGUUGUGUAAUUGUAAACAAAUAUGCCUCAAAGCUUAUCAUGUUGCAAUUGCUUUGAUAAUUAGAAUAAAGAGACUGAUGAGAAUUCA